AUGGGAAAGGAGAUGAGGUGGUGGUGUCGAAGUGGCGACUCUGCCACCCAUAUGGAUUGGGGAUCAAAUGUUGAGUCGAUAGCCGUCCGAUACCAAAAUUAG